ACCACUUGGACACGUGAUCUUCCCGAUCCUCAAUGGACCAUCGGCGUGAAGUUCGUUUUGGACGAGCGGAAGAAGCAAAUCCUGAAGUCCAAGAUAGACAGCCAAUCUCGAAUAUCCUUCUCCUAUAAGUCGAAGAUCGCUAAGAACCUCAAGGUAAUCCUCAGCGCGGAGAUAAACAGAUCAGCCCCUGCCCUCAUGGGAUUUGGCGUUCAAUUGGAACGGUGA